UAGUACUCCAGUAACCUCACCAAGAAGGACAUCGACGAGGACAGAGGACUUAACCCGUGCUUGCCUCGAAAUUCGAUGACGGAAUCACCCAAUGAGCGUAAUUUAUCAAACCCUAAUCAGCCUCAGCCGGUUCUUUUUGCGGUGUAUGUGCACCUCGCCUAAACGGGAUUGUAGCCUAUACGUAAGGAAGAUUAGAAUUGAAUUAUUAACUUGAACACUUUGAUAAAAGUAAUUGCUGGGUGGUCAUCUAUCGGCUUACAAUGAUAUAAAGCGCAUACCCGUAGUAGCUUUAUCAAUAGCAUAUCAUCUCCUGAAAUCGGCUCUUUGAAUAGGAAUACUAUUGUAUGAUUUGUUAACAGUCUAGCGUAUAUGGUCAGCAUGUGGACGCUCAUUUGUUCUGUCUUGGAAGAGACCCGUUCAUUCCUUGCCACUGGAAGGCAAACCAACACCGGACCAUGGUUCGAUGCUCCUUGAAUAGGCUACUCACCCUUGCAUAGACCUGCUUUAGAAGGCUACGGCCCGGUGUUGGAAUUACAAUUGGAUUCAAAUAAAUGCUGUAAAACAAUCCAAUGGACAAUUACUCACAUCUACAACUGCAGUGUCUGGAGAUGACGACUAAGAGGAAGAUCAUUGGGCGCCUGGUGCCGUGCCGGUGCUUCCGGGGUGAGGAAGAGGUCAUCUCAGUGCUGGACUACUCCCACUGCAGUCUACAGCAGGUGCCCAAGGAGAUCUUCAGCUUCGAGCGCACGCUGGAGGAGCUCUACCUGGACGCCAACCAGAUUGAGGAGCUGCCCAAGCAACUAUUUAACUGUCAGGCUCUCCGUAAACUGAGCAUACCUGACAAUGACCUGUCAAACCUGCCAACCACCAUAGCCAGCCUUGUAAACCUGAGGGAGUUGGACAUCAGUAAAAACGGUAUUCAAGAGUUCCCAGACAACAUUAAAUGCUGUAAAUGCCUAUCUGUUGUGGAGGCCAGUGUAAAUCCUAUUGCCAAGCUCCCAGAGGGCUUCACCCAGCUCCUCAACCUGACACAGCUCUUCUUAAACGAUGCCUUUCUGGAAUACCUCCCCGCCAACUUUGGGAGACUUUCCAAGUUACGGAUCCUGGAAUUGCGAGAGAACCACCUGAAAACGAUGCCAAAGUCAAUACACAGACUGUCACAGCUGGAGCGAUUAGACUUGGGAAGCAAUGAAUUCACUGAACUGCCUGAAGUCCUGGAGCAGAUCCAUAACCUAAAGGAGCUGUGGAUGGACAACAACUCACUGCAGACAAUACCUGGGUGUAUAGGGAAGCUGAGGCAUCUGCGCUACCUGGACCUGGCUAAAAACAGGAUUGAAAGCCUUGACACUGACAUCUCUGGCUGUGAGUCCCUGGAGGACCUCCUGCUCUCCUCCAACAUGCUGCAGCAUCUGCCUGACACCAUAGGAAUGUUGAAAAAACUCACAACAUUAAAAGUGGAUGACAACCAGCUCACCUCACUGCCUAACACCAUUGGAAGUUUAUCGCUUUUAGAAGAGUUUGACUGCAGCUGUAAUGAAUUGGAGUCCCUGCCCCCAACCAUUGGCUACCUGCAUAACCUCCGCACGUUUUCUGCUGAUGAGAACUUCCUUGUUGAACUACCCAGGGAGAUUGGGAACUGUAAGAAUGUGACAGUCAUGUCGUUGCGCUCCAAUAAGCUGGAGUUUCUACCUGACGAAAUUGGGCAGAUGACCAAGCUACAUGUUCUCAAUUUAAGCGACAAUAGAUUAAAAAACCUUCCGUUCACUUUCACAAAACUAAAAGAUCUUGCUGCUCUUUGGCUAUCAGACAAUCAGUCCAAGGCCCUGAUCCCUCUCCAGACCGAGGCCCAUCCAGAGACCAAGCAGAGGGUCCUCACCAACUACAUGUUCCCUCAGCAACCACGACAUGAUGAGGACUACCAGUCAGACAGUGACAGUUUCAACCCCACCUUAUGGGAGGAGCAGCGUCAGCAGAGGAUGACUGUGGCCUUUGAGUUCGAGGAGAAGAAGGAGGAAGAGGACAACUCUGGAAAAGUCAAGGUUGAGAUCAAUCUGAAGCGCUACCCCACACCGUACCCAGAGGACUUGAAGAACAUGGUGAAGUCAGUACAGAACAUGGUGGGCAAGAACCAGCAGCCCCUCAGCAUUAACUGCUCUGGUACCAAUAUGGUCACGAAAAAAGAACAGUAUGAGCCCCCCUGGCCCAUGCCCCCCAAAGAGGUAACAGGCCAGGACUCUAUGGGCGGCUCUCCGAAUGACAUCCGUAUCUCUGAUAUGAGGCCCACCCUGGUGGAACCGGCCAUGUACAAACCAAAAGUUGUAUUACUGGGGAAAGACAAGAAAGAAUCUAUAGAUGAGUCAGACCCAGACAAGAUGCAUUGCCUGAACAACAGUGGCUCGUCGGCCACGUACUCCGACUACUCUCCGUCCCAGGGUUCUUCUGGCUCUUCCAACCCCCCGGGGAACGGGUCCACCCUGCAGGCUGCUGGGAAGGAUGGAGGAGUGCCUCAACAACACUGGACCAACAGGCUGGCCCAGCAGUUCCCCAAGCCGAUCGAGACCAAGCCCCUACUGAGUCAGAGAGACCCCAGAGAGACCCCUCCCUCCAGCACACUGCAGCAGCGCAGUGAGCGGCGCCCCCUCAGCGACACCUUUGACCAGUGGAACGACUCCUCCCACUAUGACAACACAGGAUUCGUGUCUGAAGAGGCUCCUCUGGAGACUCCCAGUGGUAGCAGCAGUGGUAACCCCAUGCUGGGCUCCAAGUCCUGCAGCGCCUCCACCUCCCAUGGGGGCCGCCGGCCCCUCAUGAGGCAGGAGCGCAUCGUAGGCAUCCCCUUGGAGCUGCAGGAUGCCCCUCACCAACACCCCUCCCACCAAUUCCAUAAUGUCCGCAACAUGCCCGAAACUGAAGUAUCUCAGCCUCCCCCUCCCAACCCGUGGCAGAACUGGACGAGGACGCCCAGUCCCUUCGAGGACCGCACAGCUUUCCCCUCCAAGCUGAGCUCCCCAGGCAACAGCCCCAAUCCUGACCGCAACGACUUUGAGCAGGAGAUGCAUCAUGGAGAACUGCCGGGCACUUUCCCCUCCACAGGAACGUGGGGUUACCUAGACUCCAGGAACUCUGGGCAGGGGCGCAGCAGCCAGCAGGCCAACAUGUACCAACAUGUCCAAUCCAAGCCCACUAGACCAAGCUCUGGGGCCAUAGUGAUGAGCAAGAGCUCUGAGCGCCUCUCUCCCAUGAUGAAGGAGGUGAAGGCUAAGUUCAAGAAGUCCCAGAGCAUUGAUGAGAUAGACAUGGGCUCCUACAAUGUGUACAGUAUUCCCGUGGACACCUACAGCUCCAGCAUAGAGAAUCAGGGGAGUGUUGACCGUCCAGACAUGCCGGGCCCCAUGGAGCAGAGCAUGUCCCGGAGCCAGUCUGCCCCCAUGCUGGACGAUGAUGAUGCCUACGGAACUAAUAGCCAGCAGCAGAAGCCUUCCAUCCCCAAGAAGGUCUACCACUUCGACCAGAGCUUCAAGCCUCAGGGGGCUAUGGAUUUGAGGAAUCAGCAGCAGGAGAGGAGGGCUCCUCCACCCUUCCCCAACACCCCUGAGUACGUCAACCAUCCAGGGAAGACCCUGCCCAAGGAGCUGGUGAGCCCCAGGGGCUACCGGGGCUACCCUCCCAUGGACCAGAUGUUCUCCUACUCUCAGCCCUCAGUCAACGAGGAGAACCAGCCGCCCCAGCAGCAGCAACCUUUCCCCAUCCCCAGUCAGCGCUCCCGGCCUGGGUUCCUGAGGCGGGCCGACUCCCUGGUCAGCUCCACAGAGCUGGCCCUGUUCCGCAGGGUUCAGGAGGCCCAGGAGAUGCAGCAGAAGUUGGAACACUAUGGCCGGCAACAUUUCAAAGGCAUGUUGGAGCACCAGAACAGUCUGGCCAGCAUGACCCAGCAGGACCAACAGUACAACAAGAGGAACGGCAGGUACGAGGAAGACUACUCCUCCUACCAGGAGCCUAAGAAGCCCAUCAUGGGCUACCCCACUAAGAGCCUGACACAGCGGCGCCCUCUGUCGGCCAGGAGUUACAGCACGGAGACGUUCGGGGCGUCCCAGGCCAGGCCUGUGUCUGCCAGACCCACCAUGGCUGCCUUGUUGGAGAAGAUGCCCCCAGAUUAUAAUCUGAGCACUUGCACUGAGAAUAUAAAGAGCCCUGAUGAGAUGAAAAUGCGCACCAUGCAGCUGCAGCAUAAGCCUGACGAUAUGUCCUCUAAGAUGCCAGUAGACUGGAGGCAACAGCUGCUUAGACAUAUAGAGGCCAAACGAUUAGACCGGAGCGCUUUCCUUAAGCACAACACAGUAAACUUGGGCAUGCUGUGCUCUGGAGGCUAUGCUGCACCGCAUGCCAGCAGAAGCAUGACAAUAAACUUUCACAAUAACAUGAAUAAGCAUGAAAACCAAACAACGCAGUGGCUACCUCUACCCAAUACCCCCUCUCAACAGAGCAAUAUGUUGGACAACGGCCAGGAGGUGGUCUCUCCCACUACUCAGUGGGCCCCCUACUCACUGGGCAGGAGAGACGUGCCCCCAGAAAACAUCAUGAAAAAGAUUCCUGAUUCUUUGCCUAAUGGGUUGAAUUACCCACAGGCAGGCGGCCACCACCACCACCCCCACCAAUCACAGACCAUGAUCGUGACAUCCACAUCGGCCACACCCCCACACCGCUCUUUGCGGGACCAGCAGUAUGAGGGUGCCAUCAACAAGAUCUCCAUCCAACAGUACCAGUCUCCCCUGCCCAUGGCCACCACCACCCGUCCCCAGAGUGCACGCUGCCUCAUCCAGACCAAAGGCCAGAAGAGCAUGGACGACUUCCAGGAGCAGUUCUGUGUGCGGAUAGAGAAGAAUCCAGGUUUAGGGUUCAGCAUCUCAGGGGGAAUCAGUGGCCAAGGGAACCCUUUCAAGCCUUCUGACAUGGGUAUCUUUGUUACUAGGGUACAGCCUGAUGGACCGGCCUCCAACCUGCUACAGCCUGGGGACAAAAUACUGAAGGCCAAUGGACAUAGUUUUUUACACAUGGAACAUGAAACUGCUGUGUCUCUUCUGAAGAAUUUCCAGAAAACUGUGGACUUAGUAAUCUUGAGGGAGAGCACAAUUUAAAUAUUUUUUUAUAACACCAUUGCUUCUCUCCCAACGGGUUGUGGAAAUGUAUACAACCAGUUUUUAUCUAGGAACAGUGACAUUUGCCGAUUGCUGGACCAAUGGCAAAUACUAGUGCCAAAUGUACUAUAGGAUACAUAUCUUAUAACCUAUCUAUGAAUUUUAUGUAAACAGGAAUUGUAUCUCUUGAGUUGAUGUGAAGGAAAGUCAUUUUUGUUGGAGGUUGGAGCAAUUUUCUUAGUUUUUAUUUGGAGAUUUUUUGCGUAUUUAUAUUUCCUUUUAUUUUGUACCUUUUUCAUUGUAGCUUCUCAUUUUACUCUCAGAGCAUGAAAACACACUAGCUCUUUAGGAAUUCUAAUCACCAUGAACACUGCCUCAACUUUGUAUAUGCUGUGGGUAAAUAUUUUCAUUUACAAUAAAGACAUGAACAGUAGCGAGAGGAUUGGGACAGAAAUAAAAUGUUUACAAUGUUCUUAAAUGGUUUAAAAGAAAUGUUUUUAAAAAUCCUACCUUAAUACAGGGCCAAUUUAUCAAGUUUUUUUUAUUUGAAUUAUUUUAUUAUUAUAGGUUUUCCCACCAGUUUAUUUCAUUAACGUAUUAACACUAUAUUGAUUGUUAUACCCAACCAGUCACUACAUUAUAUAAGGUUGAUUUUUGGUAGUUGCUCAAUAAUGUAUAUGUUUGCACAAAUUAGCUACAUUUUAAAAGUAGAAGCAAUAUUCAAUCCCACAUCUGAAAGGGUUUAUUUUAGAUUACAAGACUACCCUCGAGGGCCAUCUGCUGGCUACAUUGUGUUUGCAUGUGCUGCAAUUGCACCAAGGAGUAUGCAAUGUCACAUACCCCCAUAUUCAACUCCUAAAGAAUUUCCAUACAGAAAAGUUGUAACAUUGUUUCUCAUCUGUUUGUGUUAAAAACAAAAUAGUUUGUUCGCGAUGAUUUGAAGUAAUUUUGCUGUGCUUUUCAGCACCACACUCUGUAGAACACAAAUUACUUUCGAUGUCUUCAUUUUAAGCUCAGUUUAUUAUGAGAAUGCACUAUUGGAAAAGUAUUCAUGUGAGAAUUAUGUAUAUAUAUUUUUUAACAAUGCUGCUGACCAGAAUAGGCAUUUCACUCUGUUCCAUUUCUGGAUGGAUGUUCAUUUUAAGUUCUGACAUUACAGCAUGUUUUCAUGGUUAUAAUGGUCUUUGGAUAUGGUUUUUUGGAUACAUUAUCUCUGUUUUCAAAUUUUGGGAUCUCUCUCAUAAAGAAGUUUCUCUCAUUGCAAACCGGUGAGGUUUACAAAGAGACGUUAUUAUAUUGUGACAUUUGGUGCCAUUUUAUUACAAUCAAAAACAUAUACCUUUAUGAGCCCUAACAAUGUUUCAUUACUAUUUUUGUCAAAUGUAGCAUCAAUUGUGACAUUCUUGAGCAAAACCAAGCACCUAUAACCCUAUGGAGGGACCCUGGUUGAAUUUGUGCCAAGCUAAGCUGGUACGUUGUACUUCAAUAUCCAGUAAAUUACUAGUUAAAAUAUUCAAGAUAUUGUGAGAAAGUUUGGUAAUAUAAUUAUUUUUACGAAAUGUUUUCAGGUUAUUAUUCAGAAUAUAUUGAUAUACCUUAGCUUUGCUCAAAUUGCGAGAUUUUAUAAGGACAAUGAAAAAGUAUAGGUGAAGUACUUAUGACUUGGAGAAUAAAAGCUGUGCUAUCAAAUGUAUAAAACCAUAUUUCUACAGUAAUUGUGAAUUUGUGUUAUACAAAUAUAUUAUAUAUAUAUAUGAAUAUAAAAUAGUAAUUUUUGUAUAUGUUUAAAAUACAAUUAAAUAUAAAGUGAAUAUAUGGUACUAUUCUGUCUAAUUGCGGUGUUGAUGUAAAUAAUGGUGACUGAAAACAAAUUGAGAUAAUUUAUUCAUAUAGAUUGUGAAUGUACUCCAAGCUUUUGCAGUAUGAAGACUAACUGGACUUGAAUGCUGCUUCAUUUUUUGUGCAAAAAGUAAAUUUAGCUAUUGAAAGACAAUAAUUCUGUUUAGUUGGACAAAUUUAGUGACAGUUUAUUGUACUAUUUAUUUGCACAUGCAAGUUUAAUCCUUCCAUUCUUUUUAUGUAUUAACACAAAGAUUGGUGAAGUGUGUGUGUGUGUGUGUGUAAUAUAUAUACACUGCUCAAAAAAAUAAAGGGAACACUAAA